AUGGAGGAAGUAGAUUCAAUAAUUCUUGGAUCAUUAAAGGAAGUUGGAUGCGAUUUUGAUGAUGAUGUUAAGCUUAAGAAUUUGAGUCCAGAAGAGAUUUACAAGUCGAUAAGUAUAUUGUGCAAAAUUAUUCGACCAGAAACUCAAAUUCCAAAGUCAUUGCCAGCUCAAAUGGCACAAAGAUUCUCUUGUGCAUCUCAAUUGGUCGAUACUUGUAAAUCACUAGGAUUUAAUGGGGAUCUAGGAUAUCAAACCAUAUUGUACUCUAAUGUGACUGAAUUGAGACGAGUUUAUAUGUGGUUGAUUGAACGUCUCCCAAAAAAUGAGGAUAAGACUGACUCGUUUCAACAGCCAAGAACUUUAAGCAAAGCUCAAAGAAUAGAAAAUGAGAUCGCGAGGAAAAUUGCAAUGGAUUUAAGAAAGCCUUGGGUAACUGGAUUCUUGCAAAAGCCAUCAACAGGGCCGUUUUCACCAAUUGAAUUAGAGAAACCAAGUCUAUCAAGUGAUGAGAAUAUCCAUGAGUACGAAGAGAAGUUUCAGCCAUCAAUUUUUCAUCAAACUAGGAAUCUAAUUCCUUCAAUAAUCCAUUCACAUGACAUUGACUUGAAUAAGAAGAAAUUAAUCAAGUCUGAAUCAGUAGAAAUAGCUAAAAAAUUGAGAACCAGCUUGAUCAAAUCGACACAAUCUUUAAGCUUAGUUCCAUCAUCCUCAAGAUCAACUUUAUCAUCACAUUCGAAUAUUCCACAACUUGCGACAACUGAAAACACCCAACAGCAAGCUCCAGUUAUUAAAUCACAACUUGAAAUCCUUUCCGAAAAAGUUGAAAAUUUAAAGGAAAAAGUUGAUGAGCAGGAAGACAUUUAUAGGCAAUUGACAAGUGAUAGAAAUGAACAAUUAAAGCAUAUUGAGGAAGGGAAGGAGAACAUUGAAAAAGCAAAGGUUAAAGGAAAGCUUAAAAUGCAAGUUGGUAUGCUGCUUGACAAUCCAGAAGAGAGCAUUGAAAAAUUACAACAGACACUAGAAAUGGCUGUGCAAAAGAGACAAACUUUAAAUGCGAAAUUCGAGGCUCAUAAAAUCCCAUUAGAGCAGCAACUUGAAUCGUUUGAAGGAACAAAUUCCAAUAAAUUACAGAAAAUACAGGAAACGCGCAAUAAAGUAAAGAGCAUUAAACAGACAGUCAGUGAUAUUCAUGAAGAUGUCAAUAAUAAGGUUCAAUUGCAGCAAAGUUUACAAGAAGAAUUGAGUAAAAUGAAGCGAACGACGGAGAGGUCUGCCUACACAUCACGGAUAACUGAUAUAAUUAAGAGCAUUAAGAAGCAAAAUUAUGAUAUAAAUGAGAUUCUUAAAGAAACGAGAAUGCUGCAAAAAUCUAUUAACAAUAUUGAAGGUCAGCUGCAAAGACAGUUUACUGUAACUGAAGAAUUGGUUUGGACGAAGACAGCCAAGCAAGAUGAAUACUCAAAACGAGCUUACAAAUUAUUAAUCUCAUUGCACACAGAGUUCAGCGAACUAAUCAGCCUGAUUGAAAACACCGGAACGAUACAGAGAGAAAUAAGAGAACUCGAAGACCAAAUUGAUAACGAACGACAACAAAAUGUUCAACAUAAAAUCGACCAGAUAACACGGGAUUUACAAAUGAUCGAAAAUUCAGGCUAUAAUGAUAGCAGUAAAUAA